UUCCCUUUCCUGUAAGAUACGCCACUCUCAUCUUCAACUACUUUUACGUCAUCCCUUUUCUUUCCUCUGCUUUUGUUUCUAUAUUUCUCUUUACUCUCUUCAUUUAAUAUCUAAUUCACCUUUUGCAAACUCCAUUCUUUGUUGCGAUAUUGAUACUGUAUUGAUUUAUGGACCUACAGUUGGUGAAAAAGGGUCUUGAUUUUUCACGGAAAAAGAAGAAAUCUCUUCUUUUAUUGGUAGCUUGUAGUUUCACUAGUUAUAGUAUAUACAGGGCUUAUCGUUUGCCUGUUGUAGCACUCAAGAAAAAGAGAAUUUUAAAGCUUUUAGGAGCUUUGUUUUCUGUGGCAGAAGCAGUUUGUGAUUCUGCGGAGACAAUUGGAGUCGUAUCUAGAGAGUUGAAAGAUUUCUUGCAGUCAGAGUCGGACCAAAUCCCCAAUAGUUUAAAGCAAAUUUCCGAGAUAGUGAGCUCGAAAGAGUUCUCAGGGUCAGUAGUUAAUGUUACACAAGCUGUAACUGUGGGAACUUUGCGUGGAUAUAAACUGCAUUCUAGAAGUGAUGAUGGUUCAAAUGCUAAUUCAAGUUUUAUGAAUGAAGUUAUGGAUAAGGUAUUUACACCAGCUGGGUCUGGUUUUGCAUCUGCUAUUGUUGGAAGCUUUGCUAGAAACUUGGUUAUGGCCUUCUAUUCAGAUGCUCAAUCUGUUCCAGAAUCACAUUCGGAUUCACCUAAUUCAGUUCCAAGAUGGUUGGAUGAGGUUUGUAGCAAUGACAAGUUAAGAGAGCUGAUUGGGGACUGUGUUCAAUUGUUUGUGAGCACGGCGGUUUCUGUUUAUCUUGACAAGACUAUGAAUAUAAACACCUACGAUGAAUUCUUUACUGGAUUGACUAACCCCAAACAUGAAAAAGAAGUGAAAGGCAUGCUGUUAGCAGUCAGUAAUGGUGCAGUUGAGACUCUUGUCAAAACAUCUCAUAAAGUUUUAACAAGUUCUAAACCAAGUUCACAGUUUCCAUUAGCUAUUCAGAAGUCAUCGGGUAGAAAUGAGAUUGUUUUGAGCGCAAGAAAUUCUUUUGGCGAAAUUGAAAAUGGCGGAUGGGUUGGGAAAAUGUCUUCUACAGUGGCAGUGCCAAGCAAUAGAAGAUUUGUUCUUGAUAUGACUGGAAGAUUUACCUUUCAAAUGGUGCGAUCUUUCCUUGAAAUUUUACUGGAGAAAAUACAAGAUGCUUUGAAAAGAUCUUCUGAUGUUGUUUGUGAAGCUGUUGUUGACAGCAGUGUUGAGGCUGCGAGAUAUGUUUCUGCAAAGUCUUCUGCUAUUGCAACUAUCUGUCUCACUUUGUGCUUGCACAUAUUGGAUAGUGUUUGGAUUAUGGUGCCUGCUUAAGUUCAGUAUUAAAUGGUGGUGUAAUUCCUUUUCUUUAUAGUAAGAAAGCAAAUUCUUUGAAUUAUGUUGUAUGAUAUAGAAAGCCAUGAAUGUAAUCACUUGGUAGGAUUUUAAAAUAUGUGACUUUGUACCAUUCUCCAGCAAUUUGGAAUAUAAUGUUUAGACUAUAAUGAGCAACCAUGAUCAGCUUUAGAAGCUAUAUGACCAGUUGCUGAAAAUUGAUAUCUUUGAUUGAAUGGAUAA